UGCUAAUUAAUUCGCCAAAAACCAAAGCUAAUUCAUAAUUAGCAGCGACUUAAUUACUGUUGCCUUCUUCUAUAUGGAUUAUAUCUUGUUGUCUUCUUCUCUCUCUAUAUACGCGAAACUUUGUCGUCUCUCUCUCCUCGAAGAACUUUUUGAAAGUUUUGUUUUUUUCUCUUUUUCACGAGCUCUUUUAGGGUUUCUCAAGCUUUAAUCUUACAAUCUACUCUAACUAAAGAAGCCCAUUUUCUUAAUUUUUGUUUACCACUCUCUCUAUUCCUCUCUCCGGGGAUAUACUUGUCGGUGGUGGUGAUUCUCCGACGAAGCUAUUCAUUCGCCGGAAAAUUACUAUGGUUAGUGAGGUUUUCUUGGAUCCGAUCAAAGGAUCGGUUUUUAAAAGUGGGAGCUUGAUGGGUAAUUUAGGGAAUGCCUUUGAAUGAAGCAAAGACUGGUUUUGUUAAUAAAGGGGAAAGAAAAGAUUCCUUUUGUUGUUGUUGUUUCAGAUAUUACGGAGCUUUGCUUUGCCUUUUUGUUUUUUUAAUCUGUUGUUUUUGGGGAAACUUGCAUGUGAAGGGAUUUGCGUUGAACGAAUAAGCGUGACCGGAUUUUCCUCUUGCCACACUGUGUUGUUGUUGUAUAUCUUCUCUGUUAAGUUUAUGCGGCAAAUCUGUUGAAUUAAGCUACCGAACCGUGGUGGGAAUUUUUAUGUGAAUUCAAAUCAUAGGACUCAAAGUCAUUCAUGGAUGAGAAGCAGAGAGAUGAGUCUCUUUGGUUCUGUUCUCACGCCUGUCAAUCUCUGUUUCUGUCUUUGUGAGCUAACUCGAGCUUGAGCUAGGGCCUAGGGAUUGAAGUUGUUGGAUUUUGGUGAUGGAGGAUAUUGGUUUGGUUAAGCAAGGUUGGAAAUGGAUGCAAUCUCAGAAACAUAUGUGCUCCGAUGCUUGUUCUGCGAUGCGAUGCUUUGGGGAGAAGAUUGGAGGGCUCGUGGAGCGUCACUGGCCAUUGGUGUGUAGUGGAUGUGGGAAGCUAUUAGGGUUGCUUCGCUUCUCAAUUCUUUAUUGGAAAGACUGCAUUUUUAGGGGUUUCCAUUGCAGCGCCAAAUUGGGUUCAGCUGCUUUGCUUCUGAUAAUGUGGAGUUGCUUCCUUAGCUUGACUUCCUUUUCUUGCUUGGUUUAUGUUCUCCUCAGUAUGGGAGCUGCUGCAGCUGUUGUUCUGAACUUGGGUUGCACUCCUGGGCUCUUUAUUGUAGGACUAUUUGGAAUUUUGAUUUUAUGGAUGUAUGCAAACUUUUGGAUCACUGGAACAUUGUUUAUAGUUGGAGGCUAUUUAUUCUCCUUAAAUCAUGCCCGCGUGGUGGUUCUAAUGGCGGGCUUAUAUGCCAUGUAUUGUGUCAAAGUCAGACUUGGAUGGCUUGGUCUUUUCCUCUCAAUAAAUCUUGCCUUCUUGUCCAACGAUAUAUUAAAUUGUCUUCUUCAAUGGUGUGACAAUCUAAGUGAAAAACCACAACACGAGGAACCAAAGAAACCGAAAGAAACAAUCAUAGAAGAAGAUUAUUCAGGGGAAUUUGAGUAUCCUUCAGUUCCUGUCAAUGAUGAAACCGAGACAAAGAUUCACGAGAAUAAGUCGUCUGCUAAACCAACUGCGCCUUCUACUGUUGUUAAUACCGUAAAGGAGAUUUCUAGUGUCAAAAUAGUCAAAAUAGAAGAAUCAAGUUCAGCUGAUGAAAUGAAGAGAAUACUGAAUAGUUUGAAUCAUUAUGAAGCACUGGGGGUCCCUCGGCAUAAAAUGAUCGAUGCUGCGGUGCUUAAGAAAGAGUAUAGAAAGAAGGCAAUGUUGGUUCACCCCGAUAAAAAUAUGGGGAGUCCAUUGGCAAGUGAAUCGUUCAAGAAACUUCAAAGUGCUUACGAGGUUCUUUCUGAUUUCGUAAAGAAGAGAGAUUACGAUGAGCAAUUACGAAAAGAAGAAUCUAGGACUAGGAGUGUUUGUCAGACAUCUCAUGCUUCUUCGCAUCAGAGUGGUCCUGAUUAUCGAUCUGAAGAGUCGAGGCGGAUACACUGUACAAAGUGUGGUAAUUCACACAUAUGGAUAUGUACCAAUAGGACAAAGGCAAAGGCAAGAUGGUGCCAGGAUUGUGGUCAAUAUCAUCAAGCAAAAGAUGGAGAUGGAUGGGUCGAACUCAAAGGGACAUUACCCUUUGAGAGAGCACAUAAGAUUGAAAUACCUCGUGCUUUUGUUUGCGCGGAAAGCAAAAUCUUUGACGUCUCAGAAUGGGCCAUUUGUCAGGGAAUGGCUUGUAGACCAAACACGCAUAGACCAAGCUUUCAUGUGAACAUGGUUGGGUUAGAAAAGACAACGCAGAGAUCAAACUCAAGUAGGUUCCCUUGGGAUCUAGAUGUGGAGAUGAUGGAUGAGGACGAAGAGGAGUUUGAGCUAUGGCUUCAACAAGCUCUUGCUUCAGGUCUCUUCUGCGAAACCUCGAAACGCAGAAAAAGCUGGAGCCCGUUCAAGUUAAGCCAGAUGAAAAGCAAGAAGCAAUGGCGAAGAACAUCCACUUGAUUCAAUUUGAUCGAAACCAUAAACAAAAUUUUCAUAUAGCUCACCACGGUGAAUCCAAAAGCCUUGAAGAUCAUAUUUUUUUGGGGGGGUCUUUCUCUGUAAAUAGUAUCUGUGGAUUGUUCUUCCAAAAGAAAAAAAAAGAAUCUGUGGAUUUUUCAUUGUGGUAAACAACUUGACAAAUUAAAGAAGCUUUUUUUUUUUCUUCUU